UCUGUCAACCAAUCAGAAGCGGCGGUUCCGGUUGACUUGCGGGUUCAAAAUCAAAACUAGCGGUUAAAUUUAUUCAAGUUGCGAGAGUGAGUUUGAUCGAAUCAAUACAUCUGAAUAUUGUCAUACCUGACUUCAUUUAACAGUCUACAAUGGCUCAUAAACAGAUCUACUACUCGGAUAAAUACACAGAUGAUCUUUAUGAAUACCGACAUGUGGUCUUACCGCGAGAACUGGCCAAACAAGUGCCAAAAUCCCACCUGAUGACCGAGGAUGAGUGGAGGAGGCUGGGCGUGCAGCAGUCGCUAGGAUGGGUCCAUUAUAUGAUCCAUGAACCAGAACCUCAUAUUCUGCUGUUUAGGAGACCGCUACCAAAACAGUGACGGUCAGAGACACUUGUUUCUUCUGGAACAUGCCUGUGGUUUUCAGUGAAUACUAGAGAACUUAACCACGUUUCUGGACUCCUGUGACCAUGAUGCUGCGUUUCACUGCGAUUAUGCCCGAACAGAAUCAAGGGAUUGUAGGAAAUGUAUUUUCAGUGAAAAUGUAAGGGCUCUUAACUAAAUCAUGCGACUCAAGGGCCUCUCUGAGUGAAGCUGAACCUUUAAUAAAAGUCUGUGCUGCAUCAUCAGUGUUUAGAAACCUAAAUCAGUGUUUAAGUGGCUGAGCUAAAUUAAUUUUGGGGAUAAAAGAUGUACUGUAUGCUUAAGGGAGAUCAUUUGUGUGUAUCUAGUUAACGUAUUGGCCAUUCUCAGGUUGAAAUUCUUCGUUUGCAUUAAUUCUUCAGGGAAGGCGAUUGUAAUACUGUACAGAUGCUUUAUAAAGUUUAAAAUGUGCUUCUAUCACGUAUAAAACUUUGUUAAUAAGGUAGUUGUAGAAGAAGAGCCAUGAUGACAGCACUAUCAGCAACUGUGCUACUUAAGAACAGGGUUUAUAUGGAGAGAGAAAAAAGGUU